AUGCCAAGACUAAAACUACCAAAAUCAUUCAAAGAUGAAUUGGAGUCUGAAAAAACAACAACAACGAGUUCAAGAAAGAAAGCACCAGUUGUAGAUCCAAAACAAACUUUGAUGAGUAGUUUUUUUACACCAGUUUCAAAGUCUACAGAUACAAAAGAAAUAAAUAAUAAAGAAGAUAAAGAUGAAGAUAAAGAUAAAGAUAAAGAUAAUAAAAAAACUAAAAAAAGUAAAGAUACAAGUGAUAAUGAAGAUAUGGUUGAUGAUAAUAAUAAACAACAAAAAGAAAAGAAAGCAACACCAAAUAAAUCAAAUUCACCUCAAUCACCACAAACUUCAAAAUCACCUUUAACAAGAAGAAGUAGUGCUAAUGGAAAUAGUGAUUCAAAAAUAGAUAAUAAAGAAAAAGAAAAAGAAAAAGAGAAAGAAAAAGAAAAAGAUAAAAGUACACCAACAAAAACAACAAGUUCAAGAGUCAAAAAAGAUACAGAAGUUUCUAAAUCUAUACCACCAAAAUUAUCAAAACAAACUAAAAAAAAACAAAUAUCUAGUGAUAAUGAUAUUUAUGAUGAUGAAAAAGAUUCAGAAGAAGAGGAUUUAGAAGAUGAUCAUGAUGAUGAAGAGGAAAAGGUUGUAGUAAAGAAACCAUCAAAACCAACAUCAAAAUCAAUUACAGCAAAACCAGCAUCAACAAAAGCAACAACAACAACAACAACAACUACAACAACAACUUCAACAGGUAGAACAAGAGUCAAUAGAGUGAAUUUAGAUAUUUCAUUUUCAUCUGAAAGUGAGGAAGAUGAAAAACCAAAGAAAAAGAUUAUUGGUAAAAAAAGAAAGAAGAAAGAUGAUAGUGAUUUUGAUUCUGAAUCAGAAUCAGAUACAAUCUCUGAAGCAUCUGAAGUUGAACCUGAAUCAGAGGAAGAUUUAGAUUCAUUUAAAUUUAACUCAAAAAAGAAAAAUAAUAAUAAAAAUAACAAUAAUAAAAAGAAAAAUGACGAAUAUGAAGAUGAAGAAGAAGAUGAAGAUGAUGAAUUAUUCAAAGAUAUUGAAAUGAAAGAUAAACCAGAAGAGGAAGAAAAAGAAGAAGAAGGUGACCCAAUUGUUAUCGGAUCAGGUCGUGUUGUAUUACCAAAAGGUACACCUGAUUUCCAACCAGAUCCAAAAGCAGGUAAAAAACUAUUAAAAGCUCAUUUGGAAAUUCAAUCAAAAGAGGAAGCAAAGAGAUUACAACAAGCAAAUGGUGGUGGUGGUGACGGUGGUGGUGGUCAAAUAAAGGGUAGUGAUGAUGAAGAUGAGGAAGUUAAAAAACCAACAAAAGGUGGAUCAAAAGCAUCAGCGAAAAAGAAAGGACCAGCAUAUACACCAUUGGAACAACAAUAUAUUGCAAUUAAAAAAGAGAAUCCAGAUACGGUGUUGAUGGUUGAAUGUGGUUAUAAAUAUAAAUUCUUUGGAGAAGAUGCAGAGGUUGCGAAUAAAGUAUUAAAUAUUUACUCAUACGUAGCAAAGAAUUUCUUAAAUUGUAGCAUACCAACACAACGUCUUUUCUUUCACCUUAGAAGAUUAGUUAUGGCAGGUUAUAAAGUUGGUAUUGUUGAGCAAACUGAAACUGCAGCAUUGAAAGCAAUUAGUUCAUCAAAAUCACAACCAUUUGAAAGAAAAUUAACAAGAGUAUACACAUCGUCAACAUUUAUCGAUGACGAUAUCGAUGAUCAACUUACAAGUUCGUCACCACAAUUUUUAGUAUCAUUUUAUGAAAGCACACCAAAGAAUAAGAACGAUGAUGUGAUUAAAAAACAAAGGGAUAACGAAGAGGAGGGAAUCGAUAGCAGUAAUGAAUCAUCAACUUCAACUAUAUCAUUUGUUGCAGUUAGUGUAAAAACUGGUGAAAUUAUCUAUGAUACAUUUAAAGAUAAUGUAAUGAGAAGUCAAUUGGAAACUAUUUUAACUCAUAUAAAACCAAGUGAAAUUUUAAUACCACCAACAACAACAACAGUGAAUAAACAAAAAGUUAAUAAUGGAAUUGGUACCAAUCAUUAUUAUUUUUCAAAUCUUACAAGUAAAUGUUUAAAAACUUACACUAAAUCAACCAAUGUUAGAACUCAAGCAAUGGAUAGUCAACUUUAUGAUUACGAGUAUUCCUUGGGUAAAUUAAUCGAUUUCUAUGAAGAUGAGUCCAAUAAUAAUAAUAAUAACAACAACUGUGAGGAUGUAUUGAAAUUUGUAAAAUCAACAUUAAAUAAGGAGCAAAUCAUUUGUUUGGGUAUAUUAUUAAGUUAUUUGAAUGAGUUCAUUCAUUUUGGUAGUAUUUUAAAGGUGGAAUCAAAUUUCAAAGCAUUUAGAGUCUCAAAUCAUUUAGUGUUACCACAUUCAACCAUUGUAAAUUUAGAGUUAUUAGUUAAUGAAUCAGAUAACAAGGAGAAAGGAUCAUUGAUUUGGUUAAUGAAUCGUACAAGUACAUUCUCUGGUAGUAGAAUGUUUAUCAAUUGGAUUUGUAAACCUUUGAAUCAAUUAGAGUUAAUUAAAGAAAGACAAGAUGCAGUUGAAGAAUUAGUAAAUGGUAUAAAAACAAAUUCACCACCAAUUGUUUCAAUCAUUUCUUUAUUCAAAUCACAUAUUCCAGAUUUACAACGUAAUUUAUCACGUAUCUAUUAUAAAGUUCAAUGUACACCAAAAGAAUUUUUAAAUACAAUGACUUCAUUACAACGUAUUGUUGAAUUAUUUAAAGAAAUCAAUAAUAAUAAUAGUAGUUAUAAAUUUAAUUCAACUUUAUUAAAUUCAAUAUUUAAAUUACAAAAUGAUAAUAAAGAUGGUGACAGUGAUAGUUUUGAUUAUAUUGGUGGUGAAGAUAAAUUAUCAAAAAGAAUUAAAUACUUUUUAUCAAAUAUAAAUAAAGAAACUGCAAAAGAGUAUGGAACUGUUGGUUGUGAUAAAUCAAAUCUUUGGGUAGAUUUAGAAAAAUAUGAAAAAAUUAGAGAAACCAAAGAAAAAAUUGAACAAGUUGAAAAAGAAUUUAAAAAUGUUUUAAAGAAUAUUAGAAAAGAAUUAUCAAAACCAUCAUUAGAGUAUCAUCAUAUGCCAGGUCUUGGAUUGGAAUAUCUAUUAGAGUUACCACCUUCUUUUAAAGCUGUACCAAAAUCAUGGAUUAAAGUUAAUUCCACUCAGAAAAUGGCACGUUAUCAUGCACCAGAAGUAUUGGAACAACUUAAAAUCCUUUCACAAUCAAGAGAGACCUUAAAGAUUCAAUCACAAGAGUCUUGGAUUUCAUUUUUAGGUGAAUUCUCUGUAGACUAUAGUUUAUUUUCAAAUUUUGUUAAUAAAAUUUCAAAUUUAGAUUGUUUAUUCUCAUUGGCAAAGGUAUCAAGUUUAGAGGGUUAUAUUAGACCACAAUUUGUAAAGGAAAAGAAAGAUGGUGGUAUUCAAAUUGAAAAUGGUAGACAUCCAGUGGUUGAAGCAAUUCUAAGUGGCAGUGAUGGCUCUUAUGUUCCAAAUACAAUUGAACUUAGAGAGAGCGCUUGUAAAUCAAUGAUUAUCACAGGUCCAAAUAUGGGUGGUAAAUCAUCACUUUUGCGUCAAACUGCAUUAAUUGUAAUUAUGGCACAAGUUGGUUGCUUUGUACCUGCCACAUCUUGUAGUCUAAGUGUUUUCGAUGCAAUCUAUACACGUAUGGGUGCAAGAGAUUCCAUUGGUACUGGUAAGAGUACAUUCUUUAUUGAAUUGGAGGAAACUUCCGAUAUCUUAAAGAAUAGCACUCAAAAUACAUUGGUUAUUCUAGAUGAACUAGGUAGAGGUACAUCAACCAAUGAUGGUGUUGCUAUCGCUUAUUCAACACUUAAAUACAUUGUGGAAGUCAUGAAAUGUUAUUGUCUCUUUGUAACUCAUUAUCCUUUAUUGGCUCAAUUGGAAUUACAAUAUCCCACUCAAGUUGGAAAUUUCCAUAUGGGUUAUCUUGAGGAAAAACAAGAUCAACAACUCCAAAAAUCCGUUAUUCCAAAGGUAAUCUUCCUAUAUAAAUUGGUAAAAGGUGCAGCUCAAAAUUCCUAUGGUUUAAAUAUUGCACGUUUAGCUGGUUUACCAAUGGAAGUCAUUGCUGAUGCAUUAAAGAAAUCAAAUGAAAUGAAAGAGUCAAUAACAAGAAGAGCAAAUUUAUCAGAUGGUAAAGAUCAACAACAAAUUGAAAAUGAAAUUAAAUCAAUAAUUAAAAAUUGGAAUUCAAAUAGAACAACUUUAAAUUCAAAUGAUUUAUUACAAUUUAUUGAAAAAUUUAAAUCAAUUCAAUUAAAACUAUAA